UGUGUCCCUCCAGGGUGGCUCAGGGUGGCUUGUCCUUGGUCCCUGAUGGCCUGCCUGGGCCACCUCGCUGAGACCAGCGGGAAGCUGGAAGAUAGGGGAGUGGCUGCUUGGCCCCUUGCCUCCGCUUUGCCUUGGGCUCUUCCUGACUCCUGCCCCACCGUGCCUGCUUCUUUGUUGCUCUGGUGUAAAUAUGGACACAGGAGGUGGCUUUGGCCCCCAAAGCUCAAGCAAUAUGUCUGAUGCCUUGGCCAAUGCUGUGUGCCAGCGCUGCCAGGCCCGCUUUGGCCCCACCGAGCGCAUCGUCAACAGCAGCGGGGAGCUGUACCAUGAGCACUGCUUCGUGUGUGCCCAGUGCUUCCGGCCAUUCCCCGAGGGGCUCUUCUAUGAGUUCGAGGGCCGGAAAUACUGUGAACAUGACUUCCAGAUGCUGUUUGCUCCUUGCUGCGGUUCCUGUGGUGAAUUCAUCAUUGGCCGUGUUAUCAAGGCCAUGAACACCAACUGGCACCCCGGAUGCUUCCGCUGUGAGCUGUGUGAUGUGGAGCUGGCAGACCUGGGCUUCGUGAAGAACGCGGGCAGGCACCUCUGCCGGCCUUGCCACAGCCGUGAGAAGGCCAAGGGCUUGGGCAAGUACAUCUGUCAGCGGUGCCACCUGGUCAUUGAUGAGCAGCCCCUCAUGUUCAGGAACGAUGCCUACCACCCAGACCACUUCAGCUGUACCCACUGUGGGAAAGAGCUGACUGCUGAGGCCCGAGAGCUGAAGGGUGAGCUCUACUGCUUGCCCUGCCAUGACAAGAUGGGCGUCCCCAUCUGUGGGGCCUGCCGCCGGCCCAUCGAGGGCCGUGUGGUCAAUGCACUGGGCAAGCAGUGGCAUGUGGAGCACUUCGUGUGUGCCAAGUGUGAGAAGCCCUUCCUUGGACACCGGCACUAUGAGAAGAAGGGUCUGGCCUACUGUGAGACCCACUACAACCAGCUCUUCGGGGAUGUCUGCUACAGCUGCAGCCAUGUGAUUGAGGGCGAUGUGGUGUCAGCCCUCAACAAGGCCUGGUGUGUGAACUGCUUCUCCUGCUCCACCUGCAACAGCAAGCUCACCCUCAAGAACAAGUUCGUGGAGUUUGACAUGAAGCCUGUGUGUAAGAAGUGCUACGAGAAGUUCCCGCUGGAGCUGAAGAAGCGGCUGAAGAAGCUGGCGGACCUGGCCUCCCGCAAGGCCCAGCCCAAGCCUGUGGAUGUGAAUUCUGCCUGAAGGCUCUGGCCUGCUGGUGCCCGAUGGCCUGCUUCACCGCCGCCUCCCUCCCGCUUCCUGCUGCCAUGCUGCUCCUGUCACUUCUCAGCCGCCUUCCUGCCUCCUCCUUUCUGCCCCAUGUUUGCUUCUUCCCUCUGCAGCUUAUGGCUUCCUGUCUGUGUGGCAGCUGCUCCACACCUAACAGCCGCUUCCACCUGUCCCCAUGAGCAUCAGGGACAGCAGCAAAUUGGGGCUGGGUGCCCGCUCCUGCUUGAACCACAGCUGCUGCCCACACGUCCUUGCCCGGGGCCUGGUGGCACCACUGUCAUGGAAGCGUGGGCCCCAGAGCCUCACACUGUGUGCCUGUGGUGGCCCAGCAGUGGAGGCCUCCAGGAAACCCUCAGCCUGUUGCUGCAUGGCCACUUGGAUCCCUGCAGCCGCACGGGGCCAGCAAGCCCUGCCAUCCUUGCUCAUUAGCCAGUUAGAAGGAUGACAGCAGCUCCCUCCAUCCCCCGCUUCUGAACCCCGACACCCACAUGGUACCCCAGGUCCACUGUGCUUGCUCUCUGUGGCACCUCAGGCCGAACUGAGCCUCUGUACAGAGCCCGGGCGGGAGGGAUGGGGUCACAGGUGGUGCCCACUUCAAAGUGACCCCGGUGGCCAGUGGGCCCUGGCUGGAGGCUUACACUCACACAAUGAAGUCUGAUCCACUGCCA